AUGCUUGCUCAUUUAUCUUUAAGCAAAUGUUUGGGGGUAGCUGUGCUGAAAGCUCUAUUUUAUCACACAAGCUCAGGGCUAGAGUUCAGCGCUGAUAUAUUAGGUGGUACAAAUGGCAUGGCAGACCUUGCUUCAUGGAGUGAUUAUGAACCUUUCAAAGAAUCAAAACCAACAGGACUGUUUGAUCAUAAGCUACGCAAUGAAGCAAGACUGGAAGGAGAACAACUCAAUCAGGUAUUUGAUCACAGGUAUACCUGUCUUGGAAAUGAUGAUCAUGGUCCUUCAAAACGCGACAUUCUUUCAACACACCCCACAUAUUGUGAAAAUCUGACAAGAGAUAGGACUGAGCUCGCCUAUGAUGAUCCAUCCUCACUUGAUGUUCAUCUGCAACAUCUAGAUGACUUGCAAAACCCCUUUUCUGGAAAUAUAUGGGAAGAUACUCAUUGGUGGUCAACACCUCACAUGUUAUCAAGCACUCAAACAGUGGAUAUCUUUGACUCUUCUGUAUACAUCAAUGAAUAUUUUGAUUAUUUGAAUGAAAUACAUACAUAUGAAGACUUGGAGAAAAAUAAUCACCCAGGGAAAAAUACUUGUGGAUUACAGCAACUCUCAAACCCAAUUCUAGAGAGCAUCAUGACCAUCGAGGGAAAGAGCCAGUUCUCAUAUAAUCAAUACCCACACACCAUACCCUCCCAAAUUGUAGGCCAAGACAUGCCAGGCCCCAAAACAAUUUGUGGUCAAGAGGAAAAACAGGGGAAAGAUAUAAUUGAAACAUUUACUGAUGUAGGAGAUGGUACUCCAGUUCAAAUAAAUCCAAUUAGUCAUAGGGUCACUCAGGAAAUGCAGUUAGGAAACAAAUUACUGGAAUUCAGACAGGUAAAAGCUCAAUUUCAAAAAAAUAGUGUUAUGGAGCCAGAGAUACACUCUCCCACAAUUUCAAAAUCAGAGAAAAAGCAAGAAAAAUCGGUCCAGAUGGUGGGGAGAACAAAUCACAAUACCAUGCUGGAAGGGCUAAGUCACCUAAGCGUAAAAACUGAGGAUUCAGUUUCAGAGGGGAAAGCUCUGAAAAAAGAAUUGUUGGCCAAAAAACGGGGGAGGGGGAGUCAUCUAAGUAGAAAUCUAAUACCCACUUCUAUCUGCAUAGAUACCUCAAAAAAACAAAAACUCUCAUCCAUAGAGCAAAGCUGUCUCUCCAAAACCAGGACAAAGCAUGGGUUGGCUGAUUAUGCUGUUGAUCUACAAAGCAUUGGAAUGAACAGUGUCAAUAGGUCAUCAAACCUUUGCUAUGAGAUAUACAACUUUUUUUCUGAUAUAUACAAACAAAUCACAGCCCAGACCAAAUUCAUUCCAGAAGAGGUGGAAGAUAUAAAGCGGGCUGUAAGAAAUGCAGGGCAGGUAGUUGUCAUGACUUUCCUGGGUAUCUUGAAAGUGUUUGAAGGCAAAGGAUGUGGUAGCGAUGAGAUAGAUGACCUACUGAACAAUGGCUGGAAUUUCAUAAAAGAGUUCUAUGGUAGCUGGAAGAGCUCAGGAUAUGAGAAAUUUGGUUUUGGGCAAGCUGAGAAAUAUGUCUUGAAUAGUGCCUUUGAUCCUGAUUUUCACUUGAGAUACUUGAAGCUAAUGCGUUAUGCUAAAAGAAUGCCAUUGUCAUUGGCUCAUUCAAUCUCACUUCUAUGGUCUAAACAAAGAGAAAAAUCAAAAAUUCCUCAAGAUUUAUCUAAGAGCUUGCAGAAAAUAAGAGAUGCAUCCAACAAUGAGUCUCAAAGAAUUCAAGGUGGACUUUAUGACAGGAAUGGAAUUAGAAACCAUUCAUUCUGGGGACCUGCACAAUUUCUUAGGAGAAAUUUGGAAUCUUUGGGGGACACAAUGAAUUCAUCACAUCUAGUUUGGAAGUUAGCUUCAAAUGCUGCCCAAUUUCAUACACCUGCUGGCCGGAACAUAUGCAAGGAAAUGCAUGACUUCUUUGAGGAUUUGAUUGAAAAGCUUCAGCUUUCAUACAAUGAUCACAAUGGACAUCACACUUCCCAGCAUACCUCAGCUGAAUCAGAUGUAUUUUCAAGUGCUACCCAUUCAAAGAACCUCAGUCUAAUUGUGAAAGCUGUCAGUAUUGCAGAGUACAGAUUAACAGUGCCUUUUAUUGGGCUCUUAAGGAUUUUGCAUUUGAACAAUGUGACAGUGGGACAACUUCAUAGAUUGAUGAACAAUGUAGUAAACUUUCUCAAAGAUGAAUUUAGUAAAUGGGAAGAUCUAGAUUUUUGUCCAAGAAAUAUUAACAAACUGUUUGAAUACAAGAGAUGUACAUCCAAUUCACAAAAUCUUCUAGGCGAAACCAAUAAAAUGUUCCAGAAUCUCUUUGGGUAUUCAGAUAGGAAUGGAUUUCCUAGCCAAGCUAUAUUAUUUCUAUUGAGUUCAUGGCACACAUCUGUCAUCAGAAGUAAUCCAGCAUCAAAAAACUAUCUUGAUUUCCAAGUUGAGGAGAUACCUCCUUGGGACUUCAUGGAUUGGACUUCAUAUGUCAAAGAUAUUUUACUUGAUCAGGAUUCAAUAGAUGGGCAGAAGUGGAUGAGUUUCAUGAAUCAAGGUUGA